AUUAACAAAGAAAAAUCCAUUCAGAAACACAAAAUAACAAAACAAAGGGAAAAGAGUAGAGACCAAGGAUUUUUUGCAGUGAGGAAAAGAGUUAUAGGGUGGCGACUAGUAAUCCAGAAGGGGAGACGCGUGGAAGCCGUCUCCAAGUGUUCCUUUCAUCAUUGUUGGCCAGCAUUGGUGGAGUUUUAGGCCAGGUUGUAGAACAAGAAGAAGAACCAGUGAUGGCGUCUAGACUUAUUGCUCCUCAGCGGGAAAAUAAUGGAGAAGUGAAGCAGAAAAAUGUGAUAGCAGAUGGAAGGAAUCGAAGAGUUCUUCAAGACAUUGGCAAUUUUGUCAACGAACGAGCUGCACAGCGAAAGAAUCCAAUUACUGAGGGAAUUGGUGCUGUUGCACAAGCUGUGAAAGGAGGUGGCCGUGCAGUGACGAAGGUGGUAGCAGCCCAAAGGAAGGUAGAUGACAAGGCUGACAAACCAAAACCUGAGACUGUGAUCGUGAUAAGCUCUGAUGAAAAAACUGAGGAAAGCAGACCUGUUAGCAGAAGAGAAGGGUCUUCAAGGAAGGAAGUCAAAACGCUCACUGCAAUCCUCUCUGCUCGAAGCAAGGCUGCUUGUGGACUUACCAAUAAGCAUAAUGAUUCGAUUGAGGACAUUGAUGGAGCUGAUGUUGGUAAUGAGUUGGCUGUUGCUGAAUAUGUGGAUGAUAUCUACAAGUUCUACAAGCUCACAGAAAACGACUGUCAAGUACAUGACUAUAUGGAUUUGCAGCCAGAUAUCAAUGCAAAGAUGAGAUCCAUUCUCGUGGACUGGUUGAUUGAAGUCCAUCGCAAAUUCGAUCUUAUGCCAGAAACCCUAUAUCUUACCAUGAAUAUUGUUGAUCGAAUCCUUUCUAUGAAGGUUGUUCAAAGAAAGGAACUUCAGUUAGUAGGCAUUAGUGCAAUGCUCAUAGCAUGCAAGUAUGAAGAGAUUUGGGCACCAGAGGUCAAUGACUUUGUUUUCAUAUCAGACAAUGCUUAUGCUAGAGAGCAGGUCUUGGCCAUGGAGAAAGCAAUCUUGGAUAAGUUAGAAUGGUACUUAACAGUUCCUACACCAUAUGUCUUCCUCGUCCGAUAUAUCAAAGCCUCCAUUCCAUCUGAUGAUAAGAUGGAGGAUUUGGUGUUUUUCCUUGCCGAGCUUGGUCUGAUGCAAUACCCAACUGUAGUUUUGUGCUGUCCUUCCAUGCUAGCCGCUGCUGCAGUGUAUGCUGCAAGAUGCACCCUUGACAAGAGCCCUCUUUGGAGUGAAACUCUGAAGCACCACACCGGCUACUCUGAAGACCAGCUAAAGAGUUGGGCAAAAUUGUUGGUUAAAUUUCACGCCACAGCUGCAGAAAGUAAGCUCAAGGCAGUAUAUCGGAAAUUCUCAAGUCCAGAUCGCGGUGCCGUGGCUCUCCUUUCACCCGCGAAAAGCCUUUUGCCAAAUCAUCACGGAGAGUAGUUAUACAGUUGACUUGUGUAUCUCGACAAUUAACUAGUGGCUGUUAUAUUUGAAUGCUUUUGUGUUCCUUGAUAUCUGGAUAGGGUGAUCAUGUUUCUGUUAUGAUCUAUCUGGUGAUUUGUACAUUUUUCUCCUUUGAAUUGUGGUGCUAUCUAGUGUUUUUGUAAAGGUGGUUGAUGCUUAGUCGCAUUUUGCUUUUUUUCCUCUUUCAGACUGCUAAUUUACUUGGUUUUUUGUUCCUUC